AUGAGUACCACAGAAAGACAAUCUGAAAGUCUGGACUUAGAUAAGUCAAGCCAAUUCGAAAAGCACGAUGCGGUUGACUGGGAUGGUCCUGACGACCCCGCCAAUCCGCUCAACUGGUCCCAGACGAAGAAGAACAUGCACGUCAUUUUCGUGAGCGUCUUUACGCUCUAUGUAAAUCUAGCAGCCACGAUGUUUGCUCCCGGUGCAGAGCAAUUGAUAUCUGAAUACCACAUCACUAGCUCAGCCAUCGAAGCCAUGGCAGUCAGCAUCUACGUCUUAGGAUUUGCAGUGGGCCCUUUAAUCUUAGCACCUUUAUCGGAACUGUACGGUCGUCUGAUUAUAUACCACAUUUGCAAUCCUUUCUACUUCGCAUUCACCGCUGGUUGCGCCUUUAGCACGAAUGUAUCCAUGUUCCUCGUCUUUCGAUUCAUCUGUGGUUGUGCAGCAUCGGAACCCAUGAGUAUUGGCCGAGGAACAGUUGCAGAUGUAACUUCGCCGGAGGAGAAGGGAAAGGCCAUGGCCCCAUUUGCCGUGGGACCCCUGUUAGGACCGGUCAUUAGGCCAGUUAUUGGUGGCUUCGUGGCGGAGACGAUUGGCUGGCGAUGGACGUUCCGAAUCAUCUUGAUCAUGUAUCAUCUCUCCAAUCUUUCUGUGAGAAACGAACGCGAAGGUUCUGCUGCAGCGAAAGGCAGCGAAAGUGCUCGAAAAUUUGACCGCAGCAGCGGCCCCUCUGGACGGAGAGAACUCGGGAAGAAUGCUCCGUCGCACUAUCAUAAGACCUGCUAA